AUGAAGUCACUAAUUUUGAUAUGUGAAGAUAAUAGAGAUUCCAAAAAUAUUAGACUACAGCAGAAUAGGAAAUAUAUAAAUAGUAAUCGAUGGUUUUUUGGUGAACAAAACAUUCUAGAUAAGGAUGAGGGAAUAGUCAAUGUUCCAAUUGAUUAUCAUAACUAUCGAAAAUUUUAUUUUGAUUCAAUAAUUAUAUAUCAAAAUGAAGAACUCCAAGAAUUGGCUUCUAAAUUAAGUAGCUCUGCACUAUUGAAUAAUUCCAGUAGUAUAAUAUUAUCUACUUCCUAUAGAUUUGGUGACAAGUGCCCUAUACUUCUAGAAGGUUUAUUUGAUGAUAAUAAUAUAUUAUGUGGUCCAGGAUUGAUGCUGUUGAUUGUAAAGAUAUUUUUAGGGAAUAUCAGUGGUCAUCUAAAUCAGACAUAUUAUGUGGGUUGUACAUGGAAUGGUAUAACUAAUUCUGGAAAAUUUGUAGAUUUAUUGAAUAAUUUAAAUAAUAACAGGCAGGAUAUUACAAACAAUGAUAUAUUAUUUGCUGAAGCAUCAAUUUCUCCUAGUAACGAUGAUUUUGGGUAUACUAGUUGUCUAAUAAUACGUAGUGUCAAUACUCUUGCUGAGUGCCUCCAUAAGUGUAGAAAUUUAAGUGAUUGGAAGUCUAUUUGUCAUUAUUGGUUUACAGUGAGACUUUUUGAAUACAACAACAAUGAUGGAGCUGAACAUUUCUCGUUAACUAGCUCAGUGACUUUAAUGUCUCUUGGUGAAGGCUUGAAAUCUAGGAUUUCUGGACAAGUUAACCCUUGGGAUACUUUGGAAACAAUAUUAAAUCUAUACUAUGGAAAAUCUGACAUUAUAGAUGAUAAUUUAUCAAUGAAAAAACUUGUUAUAAUGGUAAAGGACUAUUUAGAUUACCUAAAAUCUCAGGAUUUUAGAUGUGAUUUUGUAACACUACUAUAUAGACUUCCGUAUGCUCUAGAUCCCAGUAUUUCUUCUCACAGUAAAGAAGUUAGAUUUCUUCUUCCUUUGAUGCUACAUCAUGAAUCAAUAAGUAACUUGAAAAAACAAACAGAAUCUAGUACUUUGAUAUACCACAAAGGAUAUGAAUAUGACCAUGAUACUACCAACUACUCAAAUGAGGAAAGCAAAUAUUUAUCUGUAUAUGAAUAUUCUGCUGCUAGAGAUUCAAGUUGCUACUCUGCACAAGAUGAAAAAUCUAUUGAAACUUCAGAGUAUGGAUAUGAUUACGUCAGUCCAAUUCAAUCUCCAAGAAAAUCACCCUUGUAUUAUGAAGGAGAUGAUGCCCCUACUCCUCCUCCAUAUCCAAUAUUAGAUUUGAAAAGUCAAAUUGAUUAUACUGAAAAUAAUUCUGUGAAAAUAGUAGAUGAUAUAUACAAUAAAGUAAAUGAGAACUAUUUAUAUCGGUUAUCUGAAACUGAUGUAGAUAAGGAAACCAUAACACAACUAAAGGAUGAGACUCACAAACUUAAGCAAGAACUAAAAAUAUUUGAGGAUACUCUACUUGAUAAAAAUGAAUUGAUUGUUAGGCUGGAGAAAUUACUUGAUACGAGGGAUAUAAUUAUUAAACAGCACAUAGAAACAAUAGAUAAAUUAAAAAAGGAAAUAUUAAAAAAAGAUAAAGAAAUUAAGAUUUUAUCUUCUAAAUUAGCAAUUAUCCAGAAAUACAAGAAGGAAAGAAGCUCUUUUAAUGAAAAAGUAGUACCCGAUUAUAAUAUAACAGCUAAGAAAUUAUCUACGGCAGCAAAUACAAGUUCUAAACAAUCAAUAGAUAUACAAAGUGCCAGAUUAUCUGGCGAAGAAUUCGAAGAUAAUAACUCUUUAAAAAAAGAAAAACAAAGUGAAAAUUUAAAUGAAUUUAACCAGUACUCAAAUAAUGCGAAUUUAUCUAAUGUGGCAAUGAUGGCAUUACAAAAGUAUAUUCAACAAAGAAAGUAA